CUGCCUGGGGCUCGUGCUUUCCGCUCAGCCUGCGUGGCAGUCCGCUCGAAUGCUAAGGAACUGGGGAGGCGGUGCUGGGUGCACGGCAGGGCGGGGAUGAAGAAGCCCGCCUGAAUCUCCCCCCCUCCCUGCAAUCUCGAUGCCUAAAUUGAAUGGAGAGGCGCAACGAAGCUUUGGUUCCCACCACUACCACCUUUUUGACUUUCCGAGGCCUCCUCUGGCGCUGUUCUUCUGGUGAAGCAUCCGAGCCCCAUCAGCUGGUUGUGGCCGCUUUUGGAGAAAGCUCCCCUGCAAGCCAAGCAUGUCUUCAGCUAAACAAAGGAGUAAUAAAGGCGGCGGCGGCGGCGGCGGCGGCGGCGGCAGUGGUUCCUCUCCGUCCGAAAAAGGAGCCCAUUCCAGCCUCCCCGAUGACGUGGCGAAGAAGCACCCGCAGCAGAGCCAGGCUCAUUCCAAGGGCGCCAAGGGGAGCUCCCCGGCGCCUGGCGCAGGGAAAGCUUCCUCCGCCCUGAGCCUGGGGAAGCUCUUCAGCGGUCUCUUCUACCUUGUUCUCUUGGCAGUGGCCGGCCUCUCCGGCUGGGGCGCCCACCGCCUGUGGGAAGAAGUGAGCCACAUCAGCCAAAGGCAAGAAGGCUUCGUGAGGCAGCGAGAGGAGCUGGCCCGCACCUUGGCGGGCGUGGAGCAAAAGAUACAGUCUCUUCAGUCUGCAUUUGGAGGUUUUGAACUGACGCUGAAAAACUCUCAGCAAAAACAAGAUAUCACAGAGAAGGCUGUUAGACAGGGGGAGAGCGAGAUCAAUCGCAUCAGCGAGGUUCUUCAGAAACUACAAAAUGAAAUCCUGAAAGACCUGUCUGAUGGCAUCCACGUUGUGAAAGAUGCCAGAGAACGAGAUUUCACUUCUCUGGAAAACACCGUGGAAGAAAGGCUGACAGAGCUUACGCGGUCCAUAAAUGACAACAUAGCGGAAUUCACCAAUGUCCAGAAACGGAGCCAGGAGGAAAUAAAUGAAGUAAAAGCAAACAUAGCUUUGCUGAGUGAACCGGGGGCAUACAAACAUGAACUACAGGCUUUGAAAAGUGUUGUUGACGAGAUGCAAGCAUCCAUGAGAGCUAAAGAGAAGGCCAUAGAGUCAUUGCAAAGCACUAUUGAUUUAAUGGAGUCAGACGUGUUGUCCGAAGUCAAGGAACUUGUCAACCUCAAACAGGAGCAUGACAAGUUCAAAGAGGCAGCUGACACGGAGCACCUUUCCUUACAAGCUUUGGAAGAAAAGGUCCUUAAAGCAGAGGAGACCAUUGCAAGUUUUCCUGAUGAGCUUCAGCGACUUAGUGAAGACUUGCUGCACAUUAAAACCUCUGCUAAUGUACAAGAAAGCUAUUCAGUCCCUGAAGACAUCCUACAAACUCUGCAAAAGGACAGUGAACGAUAUGACUCCAGGUUCAGGACCAUAGAAGAGAAACUCCAGUCUUUGAGUUCAACUGCCCAGCAUGUAGAAAUGGAAGAAUCUUUUGCCUCCAAGUAUGAGAGCAAGCUGGCUGCUUUAGAAGAAGGUAUUGGCUCUCUCCGUGAUUCUUUAGAGAGUGAUGCACGUUCACUGACGGAUACUGUAAGGAGUCUGAGCGAAUCUCAGCUCUCAAUGUACAGUGACAUUGACGAACUACGGAGAAGUAUGAGCGACUUGUCAAACAAUGCUGAUGCACUCGAUAGGAUCCAGAAUGAAGUUCGUGCUCUGCUGGACCGAGAAAAGCCACCGAUGGCUGUGGGUCAAUCUAAACAUCACCUAGAAGAACUGUCCUCUUUGAAAAGUUCUGUUGGUGAACUGCGCUCUUCUGUUGACCAGGCUGAAUCUGAUUUAAAGAUGCUCAGAACUGCAGUGGAUAGUUUAGUUGCUUACUCUGUGAAAAUAGAAACCAACCAGAACGAUGUGCAGUCAGUGAAAACCACAUUGGAUGACUUAAGGAAUGACCUGGACAGGUUGUUCGUGAAAGUAGAAAAAAUACACGAGAAGAUCUAAGUAUCCAGAGAUAAACAUGUAUAACAAUUACCAAAAAAAAAAAAAAAUGCUUUCAUAGGCCAAGGCUCUCAUGGGGGAAGUGGAAUUACUGGUAGGUCUGAAACAAAGACCUACUAAUGCCUGUAGAAAAAAAAAUAAUAACACAGUUUGGCACUUUUUAACAAGAAAUAGCUAGGGCAAAUAACUUGGUUGUGCUUCUUAGUAGUGUAACGGAGAAUAAAGGCAAAUUAGGACUAUUUAUGACUUGAUCCAAUCCAAGACAUGGGGAUCCCUUAUACAAAUGAAUGUCCAUUAAUUUGAAUGGAAGAGGAAAACCUGUGUACGCGUUGCUUGGUGCAUGUAGCUCUGCUACCACCAUUGAAAUAAAUGAAAGUACUUGUUUUAUGCAAGAGUUCUACGUACAUACGGCUCUGGAUUUCUCUCUGUGUGUACCGUAGCUGCAGAAAAAUCAUUGUAUGGAGGAAGGUUAUAUAAUCCAAUUUAGGAUUUGGAUCUCCCAGAAUCUGUGGCUAGGCUACCUUGUAGUUCUCCUAAUAAGAAUAACUGUUCCAUAGCAAAACCAAAGAGCACAUAUUGUUGUACAUCUCUCCCUAUCCUGGGGCUUUGAGCGGAUCACAGGGAAUAAGAAUCUGCAAUAAACGAAGGCAUUUUGCCUUCAGCAAACACAACACCACUCACUUUGUGGCAGAUUAAAAAUAUUUUUUCUGAGUUUGUAGUUCAUUACUCCAGAGUUUUGUAGGAACUGAGUUGGGGAGCUGAAACCAGAUAAAUGACAAUAUGCCAUAAAGAGAGGGGUAAGACAGGACGGUACAUAAGAAUUUUCUUUUCCAAACCAUUUUUUAAACAGAUUUCCCCCUUGAUGCAGCAGGCAAUAACGUUAUCACUUUGAGAUCUAUGCCAAGCACCUGCUCUUCCAUCAUUGACUUCAGUGUAACAGAACUGGACCUCAAACUUGAUCAAAUGGUAGAUAUGGAUACUUGUUGAAAGAAAGAAACAUUCUAAAUAAUAAUAUUUUUAAGAGAACCACUGAACUAUACAACUGCCUGGAUCCUUGUUUACCUCCUUUUAGAAAUAUUCUGUAUUUUGGGUUUUUGUACUUUGUUUACUGAAAUGUUUAGAAAUAUUAGAAAGGUACCCAUAUGUAGAUGGAGGCUUUUUUCCCCUCCCAAAAUGCUGGUGAGAUGUAUGCAGACUUUCCCAAGUUGUUAGAUCUGCCCAUGGUGAUAUUUCCAAAAGCAGCAGAAACAAUACUUGGGUAAAGGGCACAAAAUAUGUUACUGUCAAUGUGUGUGUUCUGAAGAUGCUGCCAAGGGACCAUAAGCCUUAAAAAAAAGGAUGCACUGUAUUGAUAUAGUGUUAUUUGUCUACGUUUGUUUUUGCUGACUUUCCUUUGAGUCUUGGAACAACUGUGUAGUUGACUGUGAAAUCAAGUUUUUCUCCCACCAAUAUCUGGAAUACCUAAUAAACACUUGGAACUCUA